UAGACGUUAUUGUUCUUGUUCUAAUACACACACAAUGACGGGUGUCACAGGCGCGGAUGGUCAGUUUGUGUGUAGAAUGAAUUGAGGUCAAUUGCACUUUGGCCGAACGAGAAAUGGUUAAUACCGUUAACAUUAAAAGGGUGGACUUUAAGACCCUGUGAACAUAAAGGAGGUAGGCGGAUCGUCGUUGGUGGCGCUGCCCUUAGAGAACCGAUCCGGGGUCAGUUUGCCUGGCGCUGUGAGCGGGAUUGAUGUGUGAGAGUGGCAGCCAGGAACCGUUCUUGGAACAGUUAACCCCAAACUUCUGAGCGAUGCCUUUUCCCGAGGAGGUGGAUGGUAAACAUGGUCGCGCUCGGAUAGUUGUGCUGCACACGCGUUUGCUGUUGGGAUCCGAGCGGACCACUUUGUCGGUAGAGGUCGGGUCGUUUCUGAAGCUCAGCUCCGCAGAGAGCUAACUCACCUCUGUUGUGAGCUCGUUGGUCAUCACGGUCGCCAGCGGCCUGAUCGGCCAUGAUCGUCAACCCGACUCGGGGCUUCCUGUGGUCGGACGUGGAGACGAGGACGCUGCUGAACAUCUGGGGGGAGCAGGACAUCCAGACGGCGCUGGAUGGAAACUUCCGCAACAGCUUCGUGUAUCGAGACGUGGCCCGGAGACUCGCCGGGAUGGGCUUCGAUCGCACCCCGGAGCAGUGCCGGGUCCGGGUCAAGAGCCUGAAGAGGCAGUACCUGCUCGCCAAGGAGGGCAACCUGCGCAACAACGGCCAGUACCACAAGAUCUGCAAGUUCUACGACAUCAUGGAGAGGAUCUUAAGCAAUCGGCCCCACAUGGACCCUCAGGAGUUCAUCGAAGGCGGGACAGGGGAGGAGGUGGCGGAUGGGUUGGAGGAGGAUGGAGAGGACGCUCAUCAUGACGCGUUCUCCGAGAGCGCGGGAGAGGGUCCGUACCCCGCCGAGAUGGAGGUCAAGCUGGAGUAUCCGCCUGUUCCCAUCCCAGUCAAAGUCACAGUGGGCAGCAACAACGCGCCGUCCAGGCCGCACAACAGCAGUCAGGCCACGAGCGCGCUGCCGGCCGCGGUGGCGCCGAAGCGCUCGAGGAAGCGCCGCUCCAACUUCCCGAUCGAGAAGCUGAUGGAGCAGUUUCUGGAGCAGAGCGCCCAAGCUGAGGACGGCUUCUACCGCAUGGAGGAGCAGCGGCUGAAGGCCGAGGAGCGCCGGCGCGAGACCGAGCACGCCAGGGAGCUGCAGAUGAUGCAGAUGCUGGGCCAGAUGUUCUCCAGCAUCUCCUCCUCCAGAAGCAGCCAAGAGGCCAGCCCAGAGCGCACACAUUCUCACCGGGCUCCCGCAGCUUCCCGCAGCUCCUCGGCCCACGCCCAGGGACCAGCUCUGGGUCGGAGGUCACCGCACAGGGACUCCCGCAGCAAGCGCUUGAGCCCAGAGCAGAGCACCUUAGGUCUGGACCGCUACUACAGUUUGGGGUCUUCAUCACACAGAGGCAUGGACGAUGACAUGCUGUCGCUGGUAAAAAGCACCGUCCCUCCACUGACCUCCAAGAAGCACAAGGGUCAGGACGGCCGGAUCGGGAUCAUAGGAGGCUGCCAGGACUACACCGGAGCGCCCUACUUUGCCGCCAUCUCUGCGCUGAAAGUGGGAGCCGACUUGUCACAUGUGUUCUGCACCAAAGAUGCCGCGAGUGUCAUCAAGUCGUACAGUCCUGAGCUCAUUGUUCACCCCGUGCUUGAUAGUCCGAAUGCUGUGGAGGAGAUAGAAAAGUGGCUCCCCAGGCUUCAUGGCCUGGUGGUUGGACCUGGUCUGGGAAGGGACGACUUGUUACUGAAGGCAGCGAAGGAGGUCAUCGAGAAGUCCAAAGCCAGAGAUAUUCCAAUCGUCAUUGAUGCUGACGGUUUAUGGCUGGUCACCCAGCAGCCCUCCGUCAUUCAGGGGUACCAGAAAGGCAUCCUGACGCCGAACUUCAUGGAGUUCACGCGACUGUAUGAGGCACUGCAUCACAAGUCUGUCGACGGCAGCGAUCCCCAGCGAAGCCUCCUGCAGCUCAGCGCCGCCAUGGGGAACCUCACACUGCUGCUGAAAGGCGAGAAGGAUCUGAUCACGGACGGCACUAAAGUUGUCACCUGCAGCAUUGAGGGCAGCGGGAGAAGAUGUGGGGGUCAGGGCGACCUUCUCUCCGGCUCGUUGGGGGUGCUGGCUCACUGGGCUCACACCGCGUCGGCAGCUGGGCUGCUCAGGAGUUUCAGUCCGUCGGUUGUAGCAGCAUUCGGGGCUUGUGCUCUGACCCGGCAGUGCAACAGCCAGGCCUUCCAGCAGCACGGACGCUCCACCACCACCACAGACAUGAUCCAGGAGAUCGGCCCCGUCUUCAAGAAGUUGUUUGAAAGCUGAAUAUUCUCGACACUAUUGUCAGUGCAUUAGUGUGUGUGUAAAAUAAGGCACUGUUUAAAAUGUCUUCCACUAUAGGCACAACACUACACUGCAACAUUACGACCACCAGCAGUUUCCGCGCGAAACUGCUGCCAACCAAUUCAGGUCAAAGGUACUCUAAACCGUCAGUUUGGAAUUGAGUGUUUCGAUUUUUCGCAUCUGGCAGGUGGUAGAAAUGUUAUCACUGAUUCUAGUGUGUUAUUUUGACAGGUUCAAGUAGCAACAUCUUACCAAAGAGACCAGAGAUUAAGAGCAAACUUAAGCUGUAAAAACGAUCGUCUUUGGAUUUUGUUAAAAAUAAAAAACAAACGUGAUUUG